AUGUCCCUUAAUCCUUGGGCAGGAAGACCCUUUAAAGCAGUCUUUGGGUUCUUCUUUAUUUGCUUUUGCAUGAGUCUGCCAUUACAGUUUAUUUACAUUUACAAAAAAGCACUUGAAGGCAAUAUUUUUAUGAUAAUUAUUUCUUUGCUCUAAAUAUACUUCCAGUAUUUUGCUAAAGUGAAGGCUUAGCCUGCUUUAAUCAAAUUUACUAAGUGGAUGCAUUACGAAAAAUACUUUGAAGAAUUUAAUUUUCAUUAGGUUGAAGAGCAUCUUUAGGAAAAAGAUUCAAUUUUCGCAGUUCAUCCCCAUUAUAUGUUUACUUAUGGUCUAGUUUUAAAUUACUAUCAAGGAAAUUUUGGAAAAAAUUUAGCAGUUCUUACAACUAGAAGCUUAUUAAUGCUUCCAGGGUAUGGUCUUCUGCAUUAAUUAACAGGCCUAUAAGGAGUUGAUGCAGAAAAUAUGAAAAAGUUAAUGAAAAACCACCAAAAUUUUGCCUUAGUUCCUGGUGGAUUUGAAGAAGCUACCUUAACAACUAGAAAUGAAUAAAAAAUAUUUGUUAAAAAUCGUAAAGGAUUUAUUAAAUAUGCGAUUUAAGGAGGAUACACUAUCUACCCUGUAUAUAUUUUUGGAGAAUCUAAAGCUUAUCAUUAUAUUGAAAGCUUUCUUAAUUUGCGUUUAGCUUUAAAUAAAAUUAAAAUGGUUGGCGUUUUCUUUUGGAGUAGAUUUGGCCUGAUCAUUCCUGAAUGGAAAGUUAAAAUUAAUACAGUUGUAGGAAAAGCUUUGAAAUUCCCUUAAUCUGAUAAUCCAUCUAAAGAAUUAAUUGAUAAAUGCCAUGCAGAAUAUAUUGAAGCCAUAAAAAAUCUCUAUUACUCUCAUAGGGAAAAGUUUGGUGAAACUGCUGAAUUAGCUAUCUAUUGA